AUGUGCCGUGUACUUCAGCUCCACGACGCGCGAGCUCUGAGAAAAAAGGACCGUGCCAUGUCGCUCGGUUACGGUGGUGACUCGCCACCUGCCUCACCAUCGCGGCGGGAGGCCGCAGCCAACAAGCACAAGGGUGGGGUAGAGCGGCUUAUGCUUUCAGUCCGCGCAAAGAUCGGGGAUGCCUUGGACACGGAUGGCUUGCCGCAGGAAGCUGCGCAGCUCCUAGCGGAGGCAGAGGCGCUUCUGCGAAAAGGUGAGCAAGAGCUGGCAAAGCCCAGAUUGGAGCGCAUUGCCGCCGGCAUCGACGCCGAGGAUAUGUUUCUCGGAGCGGAUGAGCAUGCCAAGCGAUAUUUGAUGCAUACCUUCACAGACCUGGAUCCAGAUGCGUCUGCGGGGCACCAGGCUACUUCGCCAAGCCGACGAGUAUCGGACUCGAUCUCUUCUCCGAAGGCCAGCGCCAAGAAGGCACUGCAUGCGGAGGGUGUGGCCAAGCUUUUGGAGAAGGCAGGGCAUUUCGACUUUGACGCGCUGUCCUUUGCAGCAUUGCCCGAGGUGCAAGAUAAGCCCAUUACCACGCUGGGCACGUACUUGCUAUCCUCCUGCGGAUACAUUUCGGGGCUUGAGGAGCACGGAUGGGUCGACUGCCCUCCAGGCGCCACCUUUGAGGGCAGAGUGGCGCGAUUUCUGCGCGAGCUUGACAGAAGAUACUUGGCAAAGGCAAUCUACCACAGCUCUGCCCACGCUACUGAUGUAAUGGCAACCACCUGCUGGUUCCUGCGGCAGCCGUACUUCAUGCAGCGAACAUCGUUGCUGGAUUACACCAUGAGCGUGGUAGCCGGAGCCAUGCACGAUGUCGGGCAUCCAGGUCGGAACAACGAGUACCAGAAGGCGACCAUGUCCGAGCUGGCACUGACGUAUAACGACCAGAGUGUUCUGGAGAACUUCCAUGCCGCGACUGCCUUUGAGAUCCUGACCCAAAAAGAGGACUGCAACUGGUUUGUCCUCCUGUCACGAGAUUUCCGCCUCGACGGCGAUGCACCCGAGGCCGAACCUGUCAACCUUCAAAAGUAUGUCCGGAGGCUGCUCAUAACAAUCAUCCUCGGGACUGAUAUGGCGAAGCACCGCAACCAUCAGAACGACAUGCUGAAGCUGGCGGAAGAGGAGACUGGCUCGUCCACCGACCUCCCACAUGGUCAGGCGGCUUUAGAAAGGAAAGAGCUCCUGCUGCAGAACAUCGUGCAUGCAGCUGACAUAUCGAACCCCACGAAGCCAAGGAAGAUGAUGUUAGAAUGGACGAGAAGAAUUACGCUGGAGUUCUGGGCGCAGGCAACGUCAGUUUCUGCUCAUGAGUAA